UCACAGCCCAAACCAGAAACCACAAUUCUCCCAUUCCUCUACCAAAAACCCCUCUUUCUCACUCACUCACUUUCUCUCUCCUCUUUCUGAUUCUCCAACAAUGGCGGCAGCAAAAGCAAAAGACCUCGUAAGAAAACCAGUAAUGGCGACAGUCCGACUAACAAUCCCCGCAGGAAACGCCAAACCCGGUCCACCUGUCGGAGCAAUCCUAGGUCAACUGAAGCUAAAUCUAAUGGCGUUUUGCAAGGAUUUCAAUGCUCGUACUCAAAAGUACAAACCCGAAGCUCCAAUGGCUGUCUCCCUCAUCGCAUACAAAGAUCAAACAUUCGAUUACGUCAUCAAAUCUCCGAAGGUUUCAUGGUUUCUGAAACAAGCUGCUGGUGUUGAAUCUGCUAGUGGUCGACCUGGACAUGUCGUCGCUUCUUCGGUGAGUUUGAAGCAUGUUUAUGAAAUUGCUGCUAUUAAGAAGGAAGAUCCUGGUUGUCAACAUUUGUCGAUUGAAAGUAUUUCUAGGUCUAUUAUUGGUUCUGCUAAAUCUAUGGGAAUUAAUGUUGUUAAAGAAUUAGAUUGAAUUUUUGGGGGUUUAGGGUUAGGGUUUUUGAUUUUGUGUUAUUGUUGUUCAUCCUUUGAAUUUUGUAUUUUGAUUAUAACAAUAUUACAGGCUUGUUACAUGUUUUUUCAUGUAAUUUGGACAAAAUUACUCUAUAUAUUUCAAUAAUCUUGAUGUUUUGGAUCA